AACAGGGGAGACAGGUAACUAAUGUUAGACAGGUGGAGUAUUAUGGUCUAUGAGACUAAGUUGCCACGGCAACAUUCUGCGUCCUCCGUCCCCGAGGACUGCAGCGAGGACUCUGAGGUUCAGGAGAUUCUGACCUAUGAGGACUCUGUGGCCGCUCACCUGUCCAAGAUCCUGACGUCAGACCAGCACUCUGUCGUCAUCUCUUCUGCCAAGGUUCUGUGUGAGACGGUGAAGGACUUUGUGGCUCGUGUUGGUAAAUCAUACGAGAAGAACAAGGAGAGUUCAGAGGAGUCAGAGAGCAUGGCCAAGAAGUCAGAGAGCAUGGCCAAGAAGUCAGAGAGCAUGGCCAAGAAGGUUCCAGAGACCACACUGGAACCAGGUUACAGAGACCACACAGGAACCAGGUUCCAGAGACCACACUGGAACCAGGUUACAGAGACCACACUGGAACCAGGUUCCAGAGACCACACUGGAAACAGGUUACAGAGACCACACAGGAACCAGGUUUCAGAGACCACACUGGAACCAGGUUCCAGAGACCACACUGGAACCAGGUUACAGAGACCACACUGGAACCAGGUUCCAGAGACCACACUGGAACCAGGUUCCAGAGACCACACUGGAACCAGGUUCCAGAGACCACACUGGAACCAGGUUCCAGAGACCACACUGAAAACAGGUUUCAGAGACCACACUGGAACCAGGUUCCAGAGACCACACUGGAACCAGGUUUCAGAGACCACACUGGAACCAGGUUACAGAGACCACACUGGAACCAGCACCUCCUUCCUCACGAUAAUCUCCAGCACCUCCUUCCUCACGAUAAUCUCCAGCGGCUCCUUCCUCACGAUAAUCUCCAGCACCUCCUUCCUCACAAUAAUCUCCAGCGCCUCCUUCCUCACGAUAAUCUCCAGCCCCUCCUUCAUCACGAUAAUCUCCAGCCCCUCCUUCCUCACGAUAUGUGUGUGUGUGUGUGUGUGUGUGUGUGUAGCUCUCAGAGGUUUCUCAGCUUCUCUCUCCAGCAGUUCUGUCAUCAGUCGACUGUUAGUCAACGCCGACCCGUUCACCUCUGACCCCGACAACAUGGACUGCUACACUGAGAAGUGUGUCAUGAACAACUACUUUGGAAUCGGACUAGACGCUAAAAUCUCUCUCGACUUCAACAACAAGAGAGACGAACAUCCAGAGAAGUGCAGGAGUCGGACUAAGAACCUUAUGUGGUAUGGAGUCCUGGGAACCAAAGAGCUGCUGCACAGAACCUACAAGAAGCUGGAGCAGAAGGUCCUGCUGGAGUGUGAUGGGCGUCUGAUCCCUCUCCCCAGUCUGCAAGGCAUCGCCGUGUUGAACAUCCCGAGUUACGCAGGAGGGACCAACUUCUGGGGAGGAACCAAAGAGGACGAUACCUUCACCGCCCCGUCCUUCGAUGAUAAGGUCCUGGAGGUGGUGGCGGUGUUCGGCAGCAUGCAGAUGGCCGUGUCCCGGGUCAUCAACCUGCAGCACCACCGCAUCGCUCAGUGUCGGACGGUGAAGAUCACCAUCCUGGGUGAUGAAGGGGUCCCGGUCCAGGUGGACGGGGAGGCCUGGCUGCAGCCUCCAGGGUACAUCAAGAUCCUCCACAAGAACCGGACCCAGACCCUGACCAGGGACAGGGCGUUCGAGAGCACCCUGAAGUCCUGGGAGGACAAGCAGAAGUGUGAGUUUGUGCGGCCCCCCCCCCAGCCUGUCCCGUCCACUCAGCCGGAGAUCGUCUCCGAGGACGAGACGUCCCUCGUCAGCGAGCUGGGACAGGCGGCCGGAGCCCUCAUACACAGUAUCCGAGAGGUGGCCCAGUCUCAUCCCAGUCUGGAACAGGAACUGGCUCACGCCGUCAACGCCAGCUCCAAGGCCAUGGACGUGGUCUACGCCAAGUCCAACACCUCGGGGGCCCUGAGCUGCAGUCUGGUCCUUCAGAUGGUCAGUAACGUCAAAGCUUUACUCAGCGAGACGGAGCUGCUGCUGGCUGGGAAGAUGUCCCUGGUAACUGCCUGUCUCUCUGUCUCUCUGUCUGUCUGCCUGUCUGUCUGUCUGCCUGUCUCUCUGUCUCUCUGUCUGUCUGCCUGUCUGUCUGUCUGGAAGUGA